UUGUAUUACAAACGGAAAAUUGACAUACGAUUCGGGUGUUGGGGCUGCAAUUUCCCGUUUGUAAUGCAAAAUGACUGAAAAUUGCAAACUUCGCAAGGCUCUAUUUUCCUCAUUUUACAACAUUUCGCAACGAAACCUUGGAAUAUUACUAAUUUUGUGAUGCUCUUUCAAGCAGUGAUGAAAUAUUUGUCUAGACUUGCCUAGAUCAAAAUUUUGGUUAUAAGGGGAAAGGUCUAUUGGGUCUCAAUUUCAUUGUUUGACAUUCAGAUAUUGGAAUUAUGCACAGCAAAGCUUCAUUUGGUCACAGCUGCAAGAAAGGUGUUCCUCUCGGACGGCACUUUAGUAAAAGACUUUCAUCAGAUUAAAAAAAAUGCUGAUAUUUAUAUAUCAUGUGGCGAGCGUUUUAAAGAUCCCUUUGGAAAAUACAUUGGUGAGUAAUCGACAAAGAAGGUAGCCUAUAAUGUACUGUGUAUACACUGUAUGUCAUUUCGUUUCCCGUGAGGGUCUACGUAUCGACGAAAAAGAGCAUGCGUAGCCUACGUCAUAUUUGUUUUCGCUCUGAGUAAAUUAACUUUUAUUAAAAUAUACUGCGUGUUAUCCAAUUUCAGUGGAGAAAACGUCCAUUUCACACAAACACUAGCGGAGAAUAAGUUUUCUCGCAUGUCAGCGAAUCAAUUCUCGGGACAUUUCGCUUGACUUUCAGUGACAUGGUAAUUGUAUUUAGUAUUUUAGUGCUGUUUCGUGAACGUUAUAGUCUUGUUUAGCUGAUAUUACCGUCGCUUUGAAGUGUCUUCGUUUAUUUAACAACGUCAGACAGGCUUUGUGAGAAGAGAAGAAAUGGAGAAGAUGGUCCAUGCACUCUUUACGUAUGUUCAAUUUUAUAGCCAAACUUGAAAAUUGAUACAAAUUCCGUCAAAAAUUGAAAUUUGAAUAAACUAAAAUUAAUUUACCCAAAACUCGACACGGAUGUGACGCAGACUGGCCUUUUUCUUCCUUGAUGCUUAGACCCUCACGAAACGUGUUUCUUCUGGGGGGUUACCGCGUAGGCUACAUAGAAGGCACAGUAGUUUCUUUUGUUUAUGGUUAAUGAAUUAUUAAUGCAUUUGAGAAUUUUUUUUAUUCAGAAAAGGAAAAGUUAAGUCAAAUGUCAACGUGGACCAUUAACGGGAUUGUCUUCCCUGAAAGCGAGACUCGUGGUAAAACCAGGCCAUCCUUGUCAAAAAGAAUGAAAGUGUUGGUGGAGAAACAGCAAAAAAGAGUUUUGGUUUAUGAGAAUGAAGAUUACUCCAAAGGAAAGGAAAUUAUUACGAAUACUUUUCAAGAGGUAUCGUAAAGGUGUCCACGGGCUUUAAAAUUCCUGGAAAGUCAUUGAAUUUCAAAUUAAUUAUAUCCAGGCUUGGAAAGUCCUUGGGAAUUAGUAUUUCCUUGAAAGCCCCGAUUAUUGGCUUGUUCUUAUGAUCCUGGCUUGCUGGAAAGCUCCCAUGAGUUGGAUAAAUUAUUUCUGUGUUCAUAUAAUUGUGUUUUUAUCCCACCUAAUAUACACACAUACAUACAAGUUAUUAGUUAUUCCGAAGGGUUUUUCAUAUCUAAUUUACAAUUUAAAAAAAACUAUGAAAUUGCAUUAUUUAAUUUCAAUGAUGUGAUAACUAAAACAGAUUAUACUGUUUAUACAUAAACUUUAUUGUGCAUAAAAUUAGUUAUCCUAAAAAUUAUUCUAAUAAUUGUUUUUUCAAACAGCGUUUAAAACCCCGCUGGACGUAAAAAGUUUGAGUUCAGAACAAAGGGAGUUCCAUAUGUUUGAUGCCCUAUAAACAAAUAGUCACUUUUGAUCCGUAUACAUAGAGCUCCUCUUCUGUAGAAAUGUUCACUUACAUGUAAAUAAGUGGGGGCAAAACCAUUGAUACAUUUAAACGCCAGAACUGCAUCACGUAAAUAAAGUUACUAAAACUGUCUGUACCAGUGUUGGUAGUACCAAAGUGAAAAUGCUGUGCUGAGUGGUUAUAUUACUACCUUAAAAAAUAAGCAGAAACUCGACGUUUCGAGCGAAGGCCCUUCGUCAAGAGUUAGUAGCAGGGAUUGGGGAAAAUGCACGGGCUUUUAUACUAAGAGCAUGAAAGCAUCACGUGACAAAAAAUAAACCAAUUAGAUGGAUUUAAUCACAACAAAGUGUAAACAAAAUAUGUAAAUCGCAAAACAGAAUAUAAUAUAAUUAAAAAUAUAUAAAAAUAAACAGGAAGUUAAGACAAUUACUGUUGUCAAUGUCUGCUAUAGACAGGCAAGGACAGUUGUCGAUGUCUGCUAUAGACAGGCAAGGCCAUUUUCGACCAUUUCAAUCCUUCAAAUACAGAGUGAUGUAAUCAUACUUGCGCAUUCCUGUGACGAUGCGUGCGGCAAAAUUUUGGACACACUGCCUCUUCUUUAUAUUACUUAUUGAGGCUGAUGACCAAACUGAGGAAUUGUUAUCAGUAAUAAAAUUUACCAAAAACUAAACUAUCAAUGAUAUUAACUGCUGUCUCACGAUUAAAUAGUGACGUAUCCCGCGUCGGUGGGACGACAUUACUGUAUGUUUCGAAAUAUAUUUUGUUGUAAUUAAACAAACCUUGUAUAAGUAUUACGACUUUGAUAGUAUGUUUAGGUGUAUUAAUGUUUAUUUCUUGUUUGUAUUAUCCAACUAUGCCGUUCAGUACUACAGUAUAGGUCAAAAGUGGCCUUACAUGUCCAUUUGGGUCAGGUGGGAUAAAGUCUGCAUGUGGAAAAUUUUAUCCAAUAAACCAAUCAACCACAAAAACUUAUUUUUCUAAAAUUUAGUUUCUUGAUGACUGCACUCAGAAGUUGGAAUUUCAGUCAAGAGCUAAAGCUCUGUACGACUGGGACGGAACAGAAAUUGCAAAUUUCUCACAAGGUACCGAAAAUGUAUUAUAAAUUACCUCGUACCUCCGCCAUGGUCCGGUUGGAUAAACAAGUAUAGGUAAAGUUAAUUAACAAUUAUUCGCCGAAGCCGCGAGGUGAUUAUCGGUGAAUAAAAUUAUCGGCGUUACGAUCCAAACCAAAAUGAAUUGGAAUGAACACGUUAAUAAAAUUGUUAAGAAAUCUGGCAAAAGAUUGUAUAUGCUCAGGUUAUUGAAACGAGCCAACGCUGACACUAGAAUGUUAUCCAUCGCAUUUACCACUAUUAUAAGGCCAGUCUUAGAAUACGCUUGCCAAGUUUGGCACUUCAACAUUCCAGGUUAUUUGAGUGAUGAUAUUGAAAGGGUUCAAAGAAGAGCUUUGAAAAUUAUUUUACCAGAACUUAGCUAUAACGAUGCACGUGAACUUAUUAAUAUUCCAUCCUUGAAGGAACGACAUGAGAUUUUAUGCGAACAGUUCUUUUUGAGAGAUGAGAACCUUCAAAAAUUGGAUGAAUUUUUACCUAAUAAAUCCUCUUCGGUCUAUGAUACGAGGGGAAAUUGUAAAUAUAAUAAUUAUUAUUGUAAAACAGAACGUUUUAGAAAAUCCUUCUUACCACAAAUUAUUUCGAAAUUAAAUUGUAAAUAGUAGUUUACUCCUUUAUAUUUAAUUAUUUGUAGUAUAGCUGAUGUAAUUUAACCUUCGGUUACAAAAUCAGUAAAUAUAUUUAAUAAUAAUAAUAAAAACCAAGACGAAGUCGAGGUUUUUAUUCACGAUAAUCACCGAGCCUGAGGUGAAUAAUUGUUUUAGAUAAGUAUAAUUUCAUAAGUGAUUAUUUAGAGAAAAAAAAUACACACUUCCUCCUAAUUUGAAUUGACAAAACGGCCUCGGCCGCCAUUUCGAAAAUCGCAUAGGUUAUUAUCGCGUUAUAUUAAACCACCUCAACGGCAACCCAUCAGCGUGGAGAAUUGUCAAUAAUCACCUAUGUAAUUAUACUAACUACCGUUAGUGCAAAAGUUAACCAAUCAGAAUCUAGUAUUUGAGAGUUAACUACUACUUGACUGCAAAACGUAUACGUACGGGUAGUUAAAAAGUAGUGAAGCCUUUUAUUCCACCGGCUUCAGGAGGUUAUGUUCCUAUCCGUGUUUCUGUCUCUGUGUGUGUGUUUGUCUAUGAGCACGAUAACUUACUUGAAAAUGUCCUUAAUUUUUAGUUCCUGUGGUUGACAGUAUACUGCAGACGACAUCAAACACUGUCAUUGGACCAUUAUGGGUGACUAGAGGCGGAGAAAAGUUUAGUUUUAAAGGUCCUUACGGUUUCGUCGAUACCUUGUUGGAUACUACAAAAGCAAGAUUGAAAGAAGCGAAAAAUUAUGAAAAUCAGGUAUAAUGGUAGCAAGUCUAUACCUCAAGAUCGAACACAUAAUUUUGAAUAAAUGUCGAAAAUUAUUAUUCCGAACAUGUACUAACAAACUGACUAACCAACUAUAACAUGCAGACUGACUAACAAACAAACAAAUUAACAAACUAACAGACGAACAAACUAACUAACCAACAGACUAACUAACAGAUUAACAACAAACUAAUAAUAAAACUAACAGACUGACAAACUAUAACAGACUGCAGAUAAACUCACGCCGCGUAUUUUAAGCAACGCCUAACUUUGUUUGGGCACCGCAAUUGUCAAAUGCGAAACAUAACUUCCAGUCUCGGUCAAACGAGAGUUAGAGUUGAUGAUCGAGAGAUGGCAGUCACAAAUUGUUACAGGGGACAUUUGAGAUCUAGACUAACAAAAUAAAAGUUUGAUAAGUGCAUGCCUCUCUCUUCCCCAGUUGACCAUUUUGGCUCCUCCAGUCAAGGUCGCUUUCUCUGAAAUUAAGCAAAACAUUGGAAGAAAAAUUGGAAUUUAGAAACUAAGGAUGUUUGAUAUUCUAUAGACACUGAUUCUUACUUUGUGAAUCUUAUGUCAUGUCUUUUAUUUUCAAUUGUGUUGUAAAUACCUCAGCUUUUUAUAAAUUUCCAGUGAAUAGCAUAUCCCAGACCCUAUAUAUUUGUCUGACUUGUUGGAAGGCUAUAAGGCUAAAAUAGUUACUGAACAAGUUGUGGUAUUUACAUAACCAUACCGUGCAAGUAUACUUAACUGAAGAUUUUGUUUAUCUUCAGUAUAAUGAAACGAUGUAUACCCUAAAAUCUGUUUCAUGUAGAAGUGGAGAAUGGCCGCAUAACUCUUUCUAUUGCACACGACACCACACCUUUUUGUCACCUACAACCAUGCAUCUGUAGUCUCUCCACACUCCAUAUUGUGGCCCCUUUGUGUAGACCCCCCACACACCACCACCAACACCACUGAGGAAUUCUUAGAAAAGACCCUGGCUUGAAAUGCCGUUGUAUACAAGACGUGAUAAUCUGUGAUUUGCUGUUGUAAACAGAACGAGGACAGCAUCUAAUAUACUUUCAUCUAUUACUGUCGCCGACGUACGUCGAAAAAGUCAGUAAAUAUUUAAUGAUUACUGUUUUGUCACGUCAUUUAUAGCUACAAUCACAACUUGAUAACGCCACCGAGGGUGUUUCUGUGGAAGUUAUGUCAUUUACGGAAGAAGAAACGAAAUGUGAACUAGAACAGGUAUACAUUUUCUUACUAAUUCUUUGUAAAAUAAAAAGGUUCGGAAAUUAAUUUUGAAAUGUUUCUGAGCCAUUGAAGGCAAGAGUGGCCUCCUCCAUAGGCGACGACUUUUAGAUUAGCGGGUAAAAGCAACCCAAAGCAAGGAGUUAUAUUUCUCUCAAUUUUUUUUGCGAUGCGGUCCAAAAUUAGACACGUUAGAAAUCACUCUUUCAAUACUUGCAUUACUUGUAGCUCCAUACAUUUUAUUUUGUAGGUCUGUAAGAAAGUCCAUGACCUUGAAACUGUAAUACCCAAGUUGAAAUCAAGAAAGAAACGAUUGCGUUUGAAGAAACAAGAAGAAGAGAUGGUCGGGACAAGUCAUAGUUCAUUUAAGUUUCAAAACAUCACAGAAAUUGAAGAGAACAGCAGGCUACUUGGGAAGAAAGGAAUACGUUUAAAGGUAUAUUCUGCCACGAUUUUGGUUAGCUAAGGUCUUACUGCAUAUGUUUAAGAGGCAAUUUUUUUCAAUGUCGCAUAUUUGGAAUGAAAAGUGUUCAAAACCUAAAAUUUUUUUGGCGUUCCUCUCAAAAUUACUUUGUUUUAGCUUUAUUUUGUAGUUUGCUGAGUUAGCAACCUUUUUCUAUGUAUCUGGCGGUUGAGAUGCACAAAAUAAUAUUGAAAAUAAUUUCUACCUAUAUUACCCAUACCAUAUGACCAUACCAAUAUUUAUUUAUUUUGAAGAAUAAGAGCUGGACUUUGUUUUGUGUUAAUCAAAAGAAUAGCCAUUUUAGGAGUUCAGUUUGGUGACUUGUUCCCUUGGCAAGCAACUAAUUUGCAUAUGAAUUCAUUUGACGUAUUUCGAUAUUUGUCUAGCCUUUAGAAGGACGAACAGUGCACAUGCGACCUAAUUUUUUGUGAAAUUUUAUCGCGUGCGAAGCAUAUUAAUUAUUCAAAACAAUAUGACACUCAUGAAAGAUCAGAAAGAGGUAUUUACCAAUUGAAAAAAAUAGUUUCCUUGAAUAUAUUUUUAAGAAUAAAGGUUCGUUGUUGAUUGGUCAUUGGACAAAUUAGUCAGAUUGGAGUGUUACUCUUUGUUAUUCAGUGGUUAUAAGAGUUUUGUCUAGACUAGGGUAUCUGAGUUCUGUACUUCUGUCAUUUCUAGCUACUUUUGUUAAUCUUUUUGUGAAAAAUUUUCUGCAAAAGGCAUGGUCAUUCUGGGAAAUAAGUUCCUAGGUUCGGAUACUUUUUUCACCUCGUAUACUUUGUUAUUGCAUAACAUAGUUAUCUUAUACAGCUAUAUCAAUUAAGGUUGUCCACGAGCAAAGCGGAAAAGUCGAAUACGAGCGCGAAAGGCUGCUGGGAGUCGCUAACAAAUUAAUUAAUUUUCAAAGCGAUUCCCGGGCCAGCAGCCUUUCGCGCUCGUAUUCGACUUUACCGCUUUGCUCGUGGACAACCUUAGUUGAAAUAGCUGUAUACACUAGAUAGCGCAUCUCUUUUAGUAAAAUUGAAGCCAAGAAUAUUCCAGCGGUUACCCGCAAUUGAAUAGAUUGCGGCCAUGUUGGUAGUUCCCACUCACUAAUAAACGCUUAAAAAAAACAACAAUAAUUUUCAUCAUUUGAGUAGUUUAAAAAUGUAUUUGGGAUAGGUUUAACUUAAUGUUUAAGUUCCCAGUUUAAGAAAUAGAAAACAUACGAAUCUACUCAUUUCAUGGGAAUAUCCUGAGUCUGCAAUCACGGCUUCAAGUGUUGAAUUGCAGAAUAAUUAUAUAGAUGCACUAUCUAGUGUAUGUAUGAUAUCUAUGUUGCAUACAUAAUAUACGGUCGUAAUGUACGGUCAAAUUUCGCAGUGCUUUCAUGCACUUUUUGAGGGAUAUAAAGAAAAGGCAAAUGUAGGAUCCGAGAAACAUUAAACACUUUUUCUUUAAUAAAUAUACGCGUGAUAAAGUAAUAAUUAACAAUUAUUCGCCGAAGGCGAGGGGAUUCUCGGUGAAUAAAAACCGAGACGAAGUCGAUGUUUUUAUUCACGAUAAUCACCGGGCCUGAGGUGAUUACACACAAAUACGUACAGGUAACACACAAAUAUCUUCUCUUAAAAAUAGGUAUAUGAAAAUGGCAAAGUUGACGAUGAAGUGAUUGUAUAUUUUAACAUUCACGAGGCGUCCAAAGGUGUAUCUGACAAUCGCAAUGUUUUACUGGGAAGACUGUUAGACACUAUCACAGCUCAAGUAAUGAGACAAGGUAACAGACCUGCUGGACGCCCGCUUGCCAGGAGGAUAUAUAAAGAUAAUGGAAAAGAAGUCGUUAAUGUAUAUGAACUGGAAACUGAUGAUUGUAUUUGGUUGUCGUUUGGCGAGAAAUUUAUAUCACCUUAUAGUAAGUAUACCAUGAAAAAUGUAUGGUCAAGAAGAUUUUUUAGGGUGUUGCUGAACUUCUCUAGAGGGGUGCGCACCCACUGUACAAAUUGUACCAGAUAUACAUUAGUUUGGGCAUAUUUAAUCAGCAUAUACUGGGUUGAUUUUAUUAAUUUAUAUACUGGGUUAAUUUUAUUCAUUUUAAAAUUUUUAUAGCGUACGCCCUUCAACUGUCAUUCGAUAAAACUAAAUGUUUUUCUCUCUGGAAUGAAAAGAAAAUAAUCCAACGAGAAACUUUGAACGAAGAUGAUGUUUACGGAAAAGACCGCGCCAGUUUAUGGAGGACUGUGGAGAGUUACCCUUCAGAUUGUAAAUAUGAAGUGAUUGAGUUAGAUAUGGGGCAACAAGAAAAGCUGGCUUAUACUCGAGGAUUGCAGUGCUCACAGGUAUGUCAGAAAUAGAAAACAUUUUCCUUGUUUCUUGGGAGUUUGAGGGAGAACGAGAAAUAAUCGGUGAGAGAACAAGCCCGAAGGGCCAGUUGUAUUACACGUUAUUUCGAGCUCUACCAAAUUGCCAAAAGUGUUUCUAUGUAACUGUAUAGAAACAAAGGGAAAAGUGUUUUCUAUUUCCUUUACAAUAUAAUUAAGAAAACAUUUUUAUACUGUAGCUAUUUUUAUAUCGAUUAAUUUACAAUUUCUCAUUACCUUAUAAAAUCCUGGUGGGACGACAUAUCCUGGGGCCGGUUGUAUAAAAACGUAGUUAGCGCUAACUGCAGUUAAAAAGUAGUUAAAAAGCCUUAAAAAAUAGUUAACUUUAAUCACGUAGUUAAGCCGGUUGUAUAAAAGUGUAGUUAGCCUUAACUGCAGUUAAAAAGUAGUUAAAGUUAACUAUGCUUUAGGGUAUAGUUAACUGUCCAAAACGUAGUUAAAAAUGGCGUUUGUAUAGGAGUGAACAACAUUUUUCAGUAAAACAACAAUGAAAAGCAACGGUUACCUGAGAUUUUCAAUCGGUAUCUUCCCUUUGAAUGUUUCCUGACAAUAUAAACUCUUCAAACGCUAUCGCUUUGGUGUUUUUACGAAAACAGAACAUAUUUUUGCACAGGACGAUUUCUCGAAGACGAAGUAUGGUCCAUUACACCAAGAAACACUGAUAUAUAAUUGCCAAACAGCAUUACCUUGGUUUAACAUAGGCAUUUCAAGGAAAAACUGCAUUCUUUUAUGAUUUUUGUGGCGGUUUUUCCUUGUUUCCUUGUAUAUUUUUCAUUGUUUUUCUAGUGUUUUGAAUAAAAUUCCCGCCUAUUUGCAAAAUACGAGUCCACAAUCAUGUUGAAAAUGUGUGUCAGCGGUAUUCGCUGCUUACUUUAUGUAAUUUUGUGUUUAAACGCCCCACGCACAGUUAACUACGUGAUUAGUUAACUAUCCGACUAACUACGUUUUGUGCAACACAGUUAAGUCAUGUAGUUAACUAAUUACAGUUAAGGAUUUAACUACAGUGAUUAACGCUAACUACAGUUAGCGCUAAUUACGUUUUUAUACAACCGGCCCCUGUAUGUAAAACUAUGUAAACAUCGCGUCUUCGAAAUGUAUUUUAUGUACUAUUUAAAGCACGCGUAGGAGUGUUUUAUCACAUAUAAAAUACGACGCAUAGCGGAGUGUUUUAUAUGUGAUAAAACACGACUACAAGUGCUUUAAAUAGCUUCAAAAACGGCUCAUCUUAUACGAGUUCAUUGGCGAAGUAAUUUUUAAAAUAAAUUUUGUCUAAACCGAGAAAAUCAAAGCUAAAGUUUAUGUAAAUUAACGUUAUUUUUUUAUCACAUAUAAAACCACGACACGCUUAUUUUUUUUCUUUGUGUUUUCCUCCUGAAUUAUUAAUGAUUUUUGAAUGAAAUUAAACAAACUGCACUUUGUAUUACGAAUUUCAUGUGGUGUAUGCUCAUGUCUGUUAAGGUGGAUUUUUUGUUACUUUGUAUUUUCCAACUAUGCUGUUCGAUACUAACAUAGGUCAAAAUCAGCAAAAAAUGUCGAUCCUAGUCAGGUGUAACAAAGCCAUCAUAUUGACUGGGAUCCCACCUUGCCGUGUUACCUUGUUUCGCAUAUGAACACAGACUGAAUUUCGUAUGCGUUAACAAAGGUAUGCUGAUAUUACUAAAGGCGAGUUUCCCGGUUAGUUGAAUGUUUAACCUACCAGGUAACUUGCAGUAUACCUGAGUUCAUAUGGACUGUCUUUCCUUUAUCUAUUCUUGUUUUGAUAAUGCUUUCCUAUAUCACUUCUGUUUCAGAUACGUGAAAAUAACACGUUUCUUCAGAAUAGAAGUAAUUUGGAUCUCAUAUUGUUUCCUGAUCUUUCUGUGGGGGGAAAGCUACCAAAAGGGGACAAUAGCAUGUGGCCGUCCGACUGCCAGCAAUGGCUAAUACAUCAGGUAAGAAAUCACUAAUUACUAUAUAUAAUAAGUCAAUUCGGAGUUUUCACUGCGCAUCCAAAUGAGGCGCUCUACAUCGCGAUAAAUUGCAGUUGAACCAUAACAUGUGUAGCAACAGGGAGCCCUUCCCGGACCUUAUUGACGUAAUGUAUUAGCAUUACAUAUACUGUAGAAUGUGCACUCAGUGUUGAAGCCUGCGAUUUGCGGGCUGGAUGCGGGCUAACGCGCGCGUAUAAUAAACAGUAGAGAAAAUAAUAAACGGUUGAAACAUCCACGAGUGGCGGAAUUACAGUAUGUGUUCCAUAGGUUGCUGUGACAUUCACAAAUUAUCGACGUUUCUAUAAAUUUCAACAAAAGACAUUCUUUCAGAAAUUACCUUUCUAAUUACAAACUGAUCAUCUGUAACUAAUUUGAAAAAUCCCGAAAAUAUUAGGCCUACAAUUGGCUGGUAAGUUAAUUAAUUCAAAUGUUUGUUUGAAAUUUCCCCAUCCGGCCGAUUGCUGAUUUUCAAAUUGUGUUUUACGUAAUUAUGUGUUUACAUAAAAGUUAUCAUUAUUAGCAACUAUUUGGAAGGUUUUAACUGGACGAUUUGAAAGAACAAGCCUUAGUGGACCUUAUAACAUGAUAAAACUCUGACCUUUUUGUUUACACACACUGAUAUUGUGCUUUGCAUUCCGGCACUCGCUGAUGUUUCGACCCUUCACUACUUUGCUGUUUAUUCAACACGCGCGUUAGCCCACAAAUCACAGGCUUCAACACUGAGCUAUACAUUUUAUAUGUAAUGCUAAUACAUAACUGCAAUAAUGUCCGGGAUGGGCUGGCUGUGGUGUAGCUAGGUAUAAGACGAAGCUGCAAAGAAGUAAGCCGAAAUUUCAUGUUUUAAUUUCGAUGUAAAGACAAAUACUAUGGUUUUAUGAACUGAUAUCUAGCUUGAUUAGCGUCAUGAUGCUUUAGAAAAAAACGGGAUUGGCUGGAAAAAUUGUACGAAAACGGUUUUCUUCGGUCUUUGUACAUUUCGGACGUCAGUUUCCGGUAUUCUUGGCUUCACUUUUUGCAUUGGCCAAAUAUCUGAAUUCUUAUUCCAGGUAUAUUUAGAACCAGAGGUCCUGUGCGUACUGGGAUAUUUAGAAAUUGCCCCAUACAGUAUCCUUUCGCAAGUUUUAUGAUCAAUGUAGUGAAUUUACAUGAUAUUAUCCCAUUCACUCGCAAUAUAUUGUGCACAAAUAUACACGAAUUAGUUUUGUCCACGUGCUAGAAAUCAAUUAUACUGCAUAAAGCCUGGUUUCGAUAUGUCGUAAAACUACAUGUAGAGUCACACUCUUUCAGUUCUAAAAUGUUGUGUUACGGCUGAUGAGAAAGAUCGUGACUCAAUCUUUACGACCGUUACGACCAUAUAUGGAAACCAGGCUUUAGCAUGCUGGUGGAGGAAUGCAGUCAUGGCUUACUGCCCUCAAGUUGAUAAAAAGUUAAGUUCUGGUUUUGUAUUUUUUUCUUUCAGAAUGGUCACAUUACUUGUCGAUCUUUCCCUCAAUUGUGUCUUUGUAUGAGCGACGUCAAAGUGAAUGUGAAUUAUCACGAUGGAACGUCACUCGAGGGUUUUGUUUUGAAAUUUUCAAAACGGUACGACAUUGAAAUAGUAGUAUCAUAUCAUAUUCAUAUCAUAUCAUAUCAUAUCAUAUCAAGAGUUAUGCGUUGGAUUUCCAUGCUCCCAUACGCCAAUUUUGAGUUCCCACUACAUAGCAUCCAAAUGACGCAUUCUUCGUCGCCGGGACAAGUUUCGGUUGAAUGGUAACAUGUAGCUGAGAUUGGAAGAAUUAGAAUAAGCAGCAUUCUCGUUCCCAGAGCCAUUGAAAAUUAGGCUCCGGGUUAGACAACUAAAGGGAGAGAUCUGAUUGGCUUCUCAGAGAGCUUCUAUUUCCCGAAAGUUCAGCAGUUUUCGCUAACAGGGUUACUGUAGGUCUAAAGAUGUACAUAGUUUCCCCUCGAAAUUUUUAUCCUCGACUAUUUUUUAACCUUGAACAAUCAAUUUAUGUACUUUUGUUUUCAGAAAUACAACAGAUCCAAAUCGGAUUUGGAAGUUCACUCCAACCGGAGACAUUUGCAGCGAGAGUAAUCCUUCGCUUGUCUUAACCUGGAUUGCAAAUGAAAACCAUCAAGUGCUCGACGAUGAAGAUAAACAGCGAGCGUUAUUUGGUAGGAACACGUAGUAGUUUAAAAUGUUUAUUUAUCGCCAACAAAUAAUUUUCAAUCAAGAUAAAAAGAUAAAGAGCAGAGCCCAGCAAAUAACUUUAAAUCCAAACAUAAUAAAAGUACAAAAUUUUUAUUAGCUAACGUUUCGUUGUUUACAAUACAUCAUCUUCAGAGCAAUCUAAAUGAAUUUACAGGGUAUGAUAUAUGUAUUUACAAAAUAAUGGUUUUACAUAUAUUGGUUUUACAUUGGUUUUACAAUUUACAGGGUAUGAUAUAUAUAUUUACAAAAUAUUACAAAAACGGUUACAUCAAACUAUGUUGUAUUGUAAACAACGAAACGUUAGCUAAUAAACUUUUUUUACUUUUAUUAUGUUUGGAUUUGAAGUUAUUUGCUGGGCUCUGCUCUUUAUCUUUAAACUAAGAUUUCCGCCUGGUGUAUCAAUUGCCACAGUUUUAAAGAUAACUAUUUGAUUGGCAAUACUUUGCCCUGGUCGAUGUAUAACCCUUCAGGGCCGAAGGUCCUUCCCGACGAAGGUGGUGAAACCUUUCAUGGAUGGUAUUUCGUAGCAGGCCAGCACUUUGGAAUGAUAAUGUUCGUAGUGGUCUACCAAUUAUCCAGUAAUUGGGGGCCAGGGCUGGUUGGGUUUAUGUAUUUCUAGUCCCCGAGCCUAUAUAAUAAAACAGGUUUCUACUUACUCUCGUCGAAUAUGACUCUGCUACGCACCUCGUCGGCUAGCAGCUCGUAUGCGGCUCGAGUUCGCAGAAUAGCUGCUAAAUAUCAGUGUUUCUGAAAUGUAAUAGGUGUUAUAGAGAAUAAUUCUACUGAAGAAAAUAAAGAAGCCAUUGUUGAAAGCUUAUCUUCCAUGAAAGAUGUUUAUGGUGGAGAGAAAUACAGCGUGGCAUUAUUACCUAAACUGCCUGCUAAACAUCCAGCUAUUGGAACACAAAGGUAAGCAAAGUAUUUCAUUGCCUAUAUAGUGUUAUUUAAAAAUUUGAAAACAUAACCUAAAUUAUGGUGAAAUGGAAACACGCGGAGGAAGCUUAUUAUAAAACGAAACAAUUGAUCAUUUGGAAUCGUGCCAGUAUAGUAGGAAAUAUGCCCUUUCCCAUGCAAAAAUGUUUCUUCAGCACCAACUCUCUUAGGACAUACUCAUGGCCCCAACUCGCAAAUUACCCUCCGCCGCCCUCCACUUUGCAAUAUAUACGUUGGUGAUGAUGUAGACGGAAGGCAAGUGAAUCGAAAUUUCUUCUUUAAAUAAUUGUUUCGAAACUUGCCAAAAAUGAAAUAAAAUUGAAUGAGCUGAAACACUAUGCAUUUUCUCAAGCAUACAACAUUUUGGUUCAAUUGCGAUUGAUAUUGUAUGAGAAAUGUACAAAAGAAUAGACGGAGAAGAAAUUAUUUAUACAUAAUUAGUGCAUUUAUUGAUUGUGCACGAACACUACACAAUUUGCUGGCAGUCUAUGCGUGUUUUAUUUCAUGUCACUGUAGCCAUGUUGGAAGAAUAUGACAAGGCAUAUUCUUCCUUUUCCACUGAAAUUUUAUGCAAUAUGGAUGGAAUUUCGUCCAAUUGAGAUUAUGAUAUCAGGGAUUGAAACAGCCAGCUGUCUACCUGUCGAGGUGAUUUUCAUAAUCGACAGGCAUAAAAACUGCUUACCUGUCGCUUGUGACAAAUUUAGAAAACACCUCAACAAAAUUAUUAUUAGAAAACUGUUUAUACGUUUAAGGUUUUUAAUUAACUAAAUGCAUGAUGUUGGACAUUGAAUUGUCACUUAUUGACUGAAUCAGAGGGAAACAGUGCAGCAUGUUCUGUGCAUCCGAGGUACUGUUUCCCAUAAGUCCUAUAGUCUAAAUAUUUUAUUAUGUACCAAGUUGCAACGAAAAGAACGCCCGGGAAACUUCUAUAAUGUUUUCUUUAUAACUCGAUGGUUUUGUGACUCACCGAUGAAUAAAAGUGUCACAGCUGUUGCCAGGAAACAGUUGGAUUUUGAGACACUCUUGUCCAAUGUGAUGCAAGAAAACACGAGCUUUGACACUUUGUGUACAAUAAAAAUGGUUAGUGCUAAAGUUUUUGCACGCUUAACAAAUCAACCCUUUUCUUCCUGAGAUGGCCAUGUCAAAAAGAUGGUACCAAGUUGAAUGAUCGCGGAGAUAGGUAAACGAUUACACAACCUGUCGCCAUACGAAAGUAACAAAAUUGGGAACCUUUCUAACCUGUAAUAUUACUUUUGUUUCUUUGGUAAAUAGGUGGGCGAUAAAGCAGGAAAGUUUGAGUAACAUUGGACAAUGGAAAUUUUCUCAGAUUACCAAUCCAGCAUGGAACCGUAAAGCAUUGUCAUGGCCGGUUAACCAAGAUGGCACUUUAAAUGAGGUAGGAGGUUGCAAAAUUAAUAGAAACAAAAGAACGGGCAGAUAUAUACAGGUAGAUAACGCACACAGAAAAGAAGACAGUCAGAAAUGACAUACAAACAGAUACACAGACAGGCGAGUAGCACAAGGGCCUCUAACCUGGUAACCUGCGAUCAGGCCAUUUUUAGGGAGCUUUAGCAGCGACUACGAGUACUAGAUUUGUCAAGCUAAACGCAUGCUGUAUGCUUACGCGCACUGACGCGAAAAAGUCGUAGCCGUUGCCCAUUUGAGUACGAAAUCGUGGAGAAAUCUCGUAGUCCUCACUACGACUUUUCAAAAAAACAAAGAAAGCUGGCUUUUUUUUGUUUUUCAAAAUGUUAGUGUCCUACAACCUGUACCUCUGAUUGGCUAUUUCUAGCAUGAGUAUAUCACGCCAUAUUAAUGUAUCAUUUUGAUUGGUUAAUACUAAUUGGAUAAUGAUAUAUUUAUAUUUAUUGUAACUUUAUUACAUCGUUGUUUUUAUUAUAUGAAAUUGACAUUUUUUAUGAGACAUUUGAUUGAAUGCUAAAUAUAAAACUAGCUUGUGUCUUGUUAUUCACCUCGUUGAUUCAAUUUCCACUGUAUACUGCCGGACUCGUGACACUUCUGUGGAAAGAGCUGUCAACUCUUUUUACAAAACUCGUUUGUUUUCUUCGGACACUCCAGUUUUCUCCCACAGAGAAUGUUCAUCUCCAACAGGAAUUUUUUCUAAUAUUGUUUGGGUGGGAUACAUCUCAAACUAACAGGAUGUCAAGUCAUGUCAUGUGUUGUCAACGGCCUUGAAAAGCAAGCUUGUCAACAACUUGCAACAAUGUUGUCAUUUUAAGUUACAACAAGGUUGCCAACUUGUUGACAAGUUCUUGAAUUGCACGAUUAUGUAUAAGAAGCUGUUGAAACAACUUAGCAAUCUGUCAACAAGCUUUUAAAAACAUGUCCGCAAGCUCAGGGAACAAGAAGUGCGAGCACAUUGUGAUCGCAAAGUUCUGAAACUGCAUCAGUACAAGUCUUAUAUAGCUGUGUUACAUGUUCUGCGUUUUUGUUUUUCUGGCUUGUAUGUGCUCCGCGAUCAGGCACGACUCACAUGGUGACAACUAUAGGGACAUCAUUAGAAAGCCCUCGACUCAAUCCAGUUGAGCUGUGUCCUUCACAAUUCAGCUUAGCUCUCAGUUAAUUGCAAGGAAGGAUGAUUAGCACACCCCACUUCCUUGUGCUUUGUCAGGAGAAAACAUGAAAUUCAACCAUUUAGUGAUUUGUAUGUGCAUAACGUUUCAAGGACCGCCCUGUAUAUAUUUUGAACCAGCACUUGUCGUGUCGUGGUCACCACACAUGCUUUUCAUAUAGGGUUGGGCGAUAUUUCGAUUUAUCACGAUAUUUUCAAUCGCGAGAAACUUGAGCGACGAUAGCUAUAUCGAAAUUAUCGUCAUGCAUGCUGGAUGACUAUCGUGAUAUUGCUUCGCAUAGCUUUUAUGAAAUCCUAAAAAAAUUCUUUCAAUUCCCAGAAAAUAUAGUUUUUAAAAAGAAUUAAAACUAUUUCCUGAAUUGAAUACGAAUUUACAGUAAUACGAUACAAAAGCUAAUAUUUAUGUAUUAAUCCGCUGAACAAUGAAAUUACAGACUUUGCUGUGUGUCAACGGCAUUUGUGCCAACGAGGACGCAGUAGACACUGCAUAGACAGUUCUGGUUUAUGAACAGUCAAUAUUAGACUAGAAAAAGCCUUCAUACUACUUUAGUUUGUUGUUUUACUUGUUUUUUAAUAAGAUCAUAUAAAGCUUACUAUUGUUUUGAUAUUAAUUAAAAUUAAAAUUCAUUGUUUUUAUUGCAUUUAUCGCGAUAUUAUCAAAUAUCGUGAUAAUUUCCACGACAAUAAUAUUGAGAUGAUUUUUUUAAUAUUGCCCAACCCUACUUUCAUACUGGAGACCCGGGUUCAAUUCUUGAUCGGACCACUAUACUCAAGGUCUUAAAUAAUUGAGGAGAAAGUUCUAUACUGUACCUUUGUUUUGACGCCAGUAAAUGGCUAGACUAUCGCGUCUAAUCUUACAUAAUGACGUUAAAAUUGUAGAUACGUACCCUAUCAAUUGGGCAAAAUGUUGUUGGGAAUUGCGCUCACCAAUGAGUGAGAAACGCAAUAAUAAAUGCUGAUCUAAUCUCAGAAAUAGUCCCCCCCCCCCCGCCUUAUCAAAUUUGAGCCAAAUAACGUGAAAGAUCCGACCGCAGCAACAAGCUUGUGCCUCCGAACAUGUUUGCCAAUUAUUCCGCUGAAUUAUUACUCUGCUGAAUUAUUGAAGCUGUUAAAAUGUAACCAAGAUUGAAUCAAGGCUGGUCUAGUAAUAGUGGGAAUAAAUAAAAAAUAUAUUGUGUGUCAAGUUUUUGUUGCAGGAGUUUAAUUGGCCUAUGGAAGGUUUCCUGAUAUGCAAUGCUCCCCCUGUGAAACUGAAACAAAUAUUAAGCAUGGGUGAGUCUAGAAAUUUUAUAAUAUAUCUACUGUCGUUCCAAUUGAAGUGUUCCUCAAAUAUUGAUUCAAUACAUUACCUCAGGCUGACCAAUUCAUUUCAUCAAGUUCCUUGAGAUAUUCAUACACUUCCUGUGAAAGAGCCAAUUCCAAGAAUUUGAUCAUUUCUGGUCACUUCCUUUCUAUUUAUGAUUGGUUAGUUGCACAAACAACAAAGGUGAUUGGUGCAUUUAAACUAUUCAACAGGAAGUUUACAAUUAUACUAGGAAGUGUAAGAAUAUUUCGAGGAACUUGAUCAAAUGAAUUGGUCAGCCAGAGGUAAUGUAUUGAAUCAAUAUUUAAAGAACACUUCAAUUGGAACGACAAUAAUUCUCUCAGUGGUGUAUGACACUAGUUGGAUGUGGAUAAGUUUGCAGCGACCGGGAAAAGACAAAGGUUAUAGUGGCACAACGGGACUAUGAUCGAGUAAGGAAGGGGGCGGGAUCGCUACAGUGGGUUGACCCCUAGACAUAUACGGGGAGUGCGUUACGGCUGAUCGAUACGGUGAAAACUAUAGCAACUACCUGUACGUGUUACGGAGGGGAGUCUAUGCAGAGACGUACGAAAGAUGUGACGGGCGUUAAGUAAAAAAGGUGUGGCUGAUUUGUGCAGCCCAUACAAGCCCAGGGAAUGUAAACCACUGCAAUUUAGAGAGCUGUGACUAGGGACUCCGAUCCUUCGGAGAGAAGUUUCCAAGCAGGAGGUGAGGGAUUUGUGCUCCAAGGGAGAGCCCGGAGGGAACAAUUUAUUGGGUUUCUAUAAGUAGUACACUCAGCUCGUUCUUAAUAUAAUUUAUUUCAUAAAUCCAAAUCGUCCUACUACGAUGAAUAUUAUUUAAUGAAGUUGAGACAAAGGAUUUGUACACGGUAAGGUGCAGUUCAACAUCAAACAAAAGUCUUCUAUUUUGUACCUUUGAAAUCUGUAGGUCUUCCAGACUAUCUUAUCUUGACAGACUAUGUUUUCCUGUUUGUGACAGUAGUUAAACCCAUAGAUUAUCUUGUAUACACUAGAUAGCGCAUCUCUUUUAGUAAAAUUGAAGCCAAGAAUAUUCCAGCGGUUACCCCCAUUUGAAUAGAUGGCGGCCAUGUUGGAGUUUCCCAUUCGCUAAUAAACGCUUUAAAAACAACAAUAACUUUCAUCAUUUGAAUAGUUUGAAAAUGUAUUUGGAAUAGGUUUAACUUAAUGUUUAAGUUCCCUGUUUAAGAAAUAGAAAACAUACGAGUCCUCUCAUUUCAUGGGAAUCUCCUGAGUCUGCAAUCACGGCUUCAAUUUUUGAAUUGCAGAAUAAUUAGGUGCACUAUCUAGUGUAUAUAAGAUAUCUAUGGUUAAACCUAACAUCUCAAUCAUCAAAACGAGGCUCUAAGGUGACGUACGUACUUUCCCGAAGGCUGUAUUGGACGUUGGAACAGGAAACUCGUUAACACCCUUAAACCUCUAUGUGAACUCCCCUUCGGAGGACAUAACAUGAGAGGAGAAAUAUAAAAUUAUAAACAUAUCCGAUAUCAAAUAAAGAAUUUGUUACACCUUUAAAGAAACAAGACCGCCAUGUUUGUAAGGAUUAGCGCGAUAUUAAAUGUUUAAUGAGAUAAUCCCUUCCUAUUUAUAACCUGACAGGUGGUAUAUGUUCAAACUAACAUUUUAUUUAAAUAGAAUCGCAAAGGGUUAAACCGAAACCGUAGUGCAUGUAAAGUUAACAUAUGAAUUGCUCCCAAAAAUAAAUUAUUUUUAAAGUAUUAAUUUGUUGUAUGUCACUGUUUUUGACUCUGCAAUAUCAGCCACUUACAAUAUUGUUAUUAGCCAAAAAUUUCAUUCAAAUGUAAAUUUAGUAUACAACCGUUAAAAAGUCGGAUUGGUCAGCUUUAAAAUGAGUGUAAACACAAACGGUUUACUCUAGUAUUAUCGAAAUUUACAUUUCAAUGGAAGAGGACGCCCUUUUUAUAGACUCUGUAUACCGCUAUCUUUUGCAAGAUUAGAGCAAUGCUGAAUGUUUAAUUACAUAAUCCCUUCCUUGCUUAAACCUGGCAGGUGGCAUAUGAAUAUUUUAUUCAGACGGUUCUUAUAUCAACAAACACAUAUUCAAGCAUGUGUAUUUCAAACACAUUCUUAUAAAUGUUAGGUUGAGGAUAUUACUGGGGACUUGUUGCAUUAUAUUUUGAAACAGUUCUUGGAAUAUUUCAUAUAUAUGUAGUAUAGCAAGGAAAGCGUGGGACGUGAUGACAAGUCAAUUGCGAAGUGGGUAGACAUUUUUUGUUAAUGUUUAAUUCAUUGUUAUUGAUUCAAAGCUAAAUAUUCUAGUAUAGUUGUGCAGAUCGAGGAACCUUCAUAUUGCAUUCUCGGGCACCUUGUGCUUGGGACCGAAGCUUGUUGUCCAAUGUGCACUGUCCAAAGGUUUACAAGUGACAGUAAAAGCGCGCAAGAUAGAGCUGCAUGUUUAUAUGUAGGCCUGCAUGUUUAUAUGUAGGCUGAUACAAGGUCGUUGCCUCAACUGACAUGUUCCAAGUUGUUCCAACGACUUGUUAUCGUCCUAUAAUCCAAAAUUUGUUAACAAGUUGUGAGGGACAAUCUUGUGACAAUUAUCAAACUAAAAACAUUGUUGCAGCUUGAUAUGCAGGCUUAUUACACCCUGUUACAAGCUUGUUCCAACAUAUUUUGUGAAGACAAUGUGAGAAUAUUACGUGUGUAUAGAAUAUUUGAUGAGAGGAGCUAUUUAUCACUUAUUUACUGAGACCGAGGGAAACAGUGUGUUUUUGGGACCCGAGACAGUCGAUGUUUCCCGAGGCGAAAAACAUCGACGGUCGAGGGUCCACAAAACACACUGCUUUCCCGAGGUCUCAGUAAAUAAGUGUUUUAUUAUAUAUCAAUAGUCAAAGAAACAACAAAUUAAAGAACAAAUGAACGUAAAUACAUGAAGUAUUUUAUUGUUAAAACGUUAUAUUAAACACUGGCUACACUGCAGUUACUUAAAGCGAAAGUUUUAAUUACUUACUAGGCAUGUCCAAAGGUCGCAUCUUCACGUGAUGGCGCACGUGAUUUUUUUUGUUAUUCGCCGUCGAUAACGUAUUAUCUCCCUCUCGCGCUGUUGCGAGGGAGACAGCCUAAUUUCGUCACUCUCACGUGAUAUGCUCUCAACCAAUAAAACACUAGAAAAAUGCGAUUUUGACUAUUGAUAUAUAAUAAUACAUGCAUGUGCACUCUGGAAAGAUGAUAUCUUAACCCAACCCAUAUAUUUUUCAUUGUUCAAUAUUUUAGUAACAUUUUACACAAAAUAAAUUUAUUAAAAUAUUCAAGUUUUUAUCGUUCUUACAGUAUGUAAUAAAAUAUUUGUUUUGAAGUCCAGUUAAUUAGAAAUUAGAAGUUUUGUCAGCCAUAUCAUACAAAAUCGUUUGUUGUUAUCACGUUGUUAUUGAGAUUCACACUCAUCGUUAGCCAUCCGUCCCUAUACAGGAUGUUGCCCAAUUGACAGAGGUUUCGAGGUAUGCCUACGAUUUUAAUGAUGUGGUUUCUUGCACUUCACUUGGUGGAAUUAAUAUUAGAAUGUUAGGGUUUGUAAUCCAAGUGAGAAUAUAUACAUUUUAAGACCUGACCAGGAAGGACUGCGAAAAAUGCAGCACAAGGUCCUCUGGUAGGAAUUGAACCUACGGCCCUGCGAUUCCGGUGCAGCGCUCUAACCAACUGAGCUACAGAGGCCAGCUGUUGAGCUGUAACCGUAAGUUCAAGUAUAUAUAGGUAAUCGGAUGUGCGGGUUCUGAUAAGGUGGACGUGAAUGAUGUGGUUUCUUGCACUUCACUUGGUUGAAUUAAUAUUAGAAUGUUAGGGUUUGUAAUCCAAGUGAGAAUAUAUACAUUUUACGAUUUUAACCUCCCUGUUUAUAUUUCAGGGCCACCUGUAAGACUUCGUGUGUUGAAGAAUGGUGAACAUGAUCUUAAACGUGCUGUUACUGUUGUUGGGCCAGACCUUGGAAAUGUAAGUACUGUACUGCUGUGUGGCGAAUACUUUCAGAAAUAUUAGGAGUGCUUAUUAAAGGGUAUAGACCGGUGCGUAUACUUCCAUUCCUUCUCAGUCAAAGCUGUUUUUUCUCAAAAAAAUUGCGGAUUAGUAAGGAGGGAUGAUUCGUUAUGACAUAUACGCAUCCUAUAUCUAAUUCUAUUAUUUCUAUGACAUUUUCUGACAUAUUCCCUCUUGUCUUUGAGCUGGUUACUUUUCCGGUCACGGAAACCAUACCCUGGGUGCCCGAGCCUCUGGUCACACUAGCAUCGAGCCUCUCUUUGAUGAGUUCAAUAUUUACACUUGGUGAGUUUAUGAAACAAUAACAAAUAAACUGUUUGGCUGCUCGUCCCAGGCUUUCCCGUGUGAUUGGAGAAGUCCUUGCGAAAUUCCUCAUCUUAUGUUCUUGGUCCUAAUUUAGAAAAGUAACCUUCCCGAACUACCGGAAGUAUUUCCUUCGAUAUCAAUAUAUCUUCAUUCAAUUUCCUUCGAUAUCAAUAUACAUUAUCUUCGAUAUCAAUAUAUCCAUAUAAUUAUGUAGAACCUGGGGCCGCUUGUUAGGCAAAAAUGGUUUCCAAGAUUUUCGAAAGGCCUUCUCCACAUCCCGUCCCUCCCCGGCUCGCCUAUAUGGCAUCGCGGAAGCGAAAAGCAGGAACUAUGCUGAAAAUCUGAUACGAAUUUUUAGAUGGCAAGGGAUAUCAGUGGAAAGUCAAGCGUUAACACCACGAAAGCGAGGUAAUGAACACACACGUUCUUCCAAAAAAAAAAAUUGCCAGUGUAUGGUGAAGCAUACCGUGGCUUGCUUUUUGUAGUGAGAAGCUUGCAAAAUUUUCCUAGGCAGUCCAAUCAAUAAUACAAGAUUUUCAGCCGCACACCAAAUAUUUAACUGUUCAAUCAUAUAGAGUUUCUUGCAUGGGUAUUUAAUUUUGGGUUCUGAAAAGUUGACAAAAAAAUCAACUGCAAUGUAUUAAAAACACUUUGGAAUUAAAAACAUUCUGUUGGCAUCUCACUCGGAUGAUUAAUAAUUGAAGGGUUUUGUACUGUAGAUGGAAAUUAUCCAGUGUAAAUUUAAUAGACUUAACCAGGAACAGCUGCGAAAAAUGCAACUAUACACCUUCUCUGCUUUAACAUGCAUGGCAGUACCUAGCUUAUAGUAUGUGUACAUGAACUUGUGGUUAGAGCUCGACAACUACACUCUGUACCUCAGUUGGUUAGAGCACUGCACGGGAAUCGCAGGUUCAAUUCCUGCCAGAGUUUGUAUAGUUGCAUUUUCGCCGCUGUUCCUGGUUAGGUCUAAUAAACGCGUCUGAAAUUUACAUUCGAUAAUUUCCACCUACAAAGCCCUUCAACCAUGAAACACACUUAUUAAUUAUGCAGUGUUUUUUUCAUUCAGAAAAACCUCACCACUGCCGUCUUCGCGAAAUGAUAUCCGAGAUCUUGAAGUGAAUCUGGUAAGUGCUAUAUUAUAGACUACGUUCACACUAUAAGGUGAAGCGGUUUGGAAACGACGCAGAAAAGUCAAAUUAUAGUCGUCGUGUUCACUAUAUGCCGAAGCGAAAUUGUUUGGAAACGUCAAUUUUGCCGUAACAGUGUGAGCACUGUUUUCAAAGGGAGCGUGAGUAAAACUCAGCGCUUGGCGGCUUCCUAUGAACAGCGGUUCCGUCGUUGUUUUGUUCCACUUUGGGUACUAAGAAAAAAUUUGCAUUGAGCACUUGCGCUACAAUUUUGGCAAGUGUGACCUGGAUAAGACAGCUGAGGUCGGCUACUGUAGCUAAUGAACAUGUCCAUUAAGUUAAGAAAAAGGGCAACCGUAUGAAAAGGCAUUGAAUUCGAAUUCUCCCGUGGCACAGGUAUGUUUGAAAGACAACGAAACGUGCAUUUUGAAUCUCAAUGUAGCCACUUGAAUGCGAAAAACAUAGAAAAUGGAAGAGAAAUGCAGUAAACUUCACUAUAUUCGUUCUAGUCGUGACAUCACCUGUUUUCUAUCUAGUUUGUGACUAUCUGCGAUAAGACAUUCCCUUCUUACCCUAACGGUUUGGUUCUAUUCCCGAUCGGGGCAAACCCAUCCCCCUAGGCUCAGUACCAUGGCCCCCACUUGUUCAACUUUUUUUCUUCUACAUGAUCUGUUCUAUUUUGCUAAACAGCGAAGCUAUCAAACUGUAAAUUAUAACAAUUUCGCUUCCUUCGGACAAAUGUCUAACCUAGUCAUUGGCGAAUUAUGAUCGGCCAAAUUUUCAAUAUUUACAUCGACAUGAUCACAUUUCUUAACUUUUGGUAAGCAGCCCCAAUUAUGACGCAUGCAACCGAUGAUGUUGUUGGUCUCACUGCAUGUCCAAUAUUGGUAUGAUAUCAUAAACCUGUGACGUGGUUUUGUUGCCUGAUACUGCGAAGCCAAGAAUAUAUUUUGGUUCUUUCCCUUGCUUUUAUGGUUUUUGACCAGUGGUCAGUCAAAAUGCCCACGCAGAAGAAACUUACUGUAAUGAGCCAUUUGGUGUUUUUGUUCGGUAUCAAAUGACGAGAAUGAUAACAGUAAACGCCCCUAUUGAAAGUCAAAAACUUAACGCAUUUAUUAAACUAUUUACGUUAUGGGUUUUUUUCAUAGUUCUUAGAUCGCUGUACCGAAGCUCUUCAUUUUCCAUUUGCUGCAAGGCGUGUAUUUGAUGAACAUGGCACAGAACUCUUCACUCUCAGAGAUCUUGAACGAAAUCAGUUAGUGUUUGUCUCGUGUGGAGAAUCCUGGGUGGAUUUUAACAUUACUCAAUCUGGUCAACAAAGAAGAAUGAUUAUGACGAAUCUUUCUUCAGAUAUUGCCAAGUUAAGACUUUAUUGCCGACUACGAAAUCCUCAAGGUAUGUCUAUAUGGCUUUCAGCUGCAAUGAAAUAACGUCUAUAGCGUAUACAUACAUAUUUGUAUGUGACUUUUAUUUUCCACCUCAUUAAAUUCUAGUCAUUUAAUUGGCUGACUAUGACCACGUGCUAUGGAAUUAAAAUUCCCAUUUUGCUACCGCGUGCAAUAAUUGCACUCGGAACAGGCAACAAUUUUCCCUAUUUUGCUCAGCUGGAUAAAUUGCAUUUGUCUGAAACUAUACGUGACCACAAAUCUCAGCCAAUAACAUUUAGCAUAAAGCGUAUUGUUUUAAGCAGUUCAGUAAAGAAAAUAUUUUCUCACUGAGGUUAUUCCGUCAAGCCAGGAAAUAUUAUUAUAUUAUUCGUUUUGUGUUGGUCUAGGAUUGGUUUUGACUGUCGAUGGGACAGUCACAGCUGGAAGCCCAGUUUGUGUUGCCAACUGUGAGCCGAUAGAAGAUGGUAAUGAUGGUAACUCCGACCAAGAUACCCACAAUUCACAUAGUGAUAGCAGGUACCAAAGUCUGUCAUAAUAUACAUGUUAUAUAAGAACGUUUUCAAUUGGCUGAAAUGAGUGCUCAAUAACACGAAUGAGCACGGGGAAAAAGCGCGGCAAAUUGUAACCUUUUUUUUUGGGGGGGGGGGGGAUUUUCGAUAUUUCCUCGACGAUUUAAAAAAAAAAUCCGUGUUUUAAUCAAUAAAAUAUAACUUAUCGAAUAAAAACACUCAGUCAUUUACUUUUGACAGAUCAUUGAUCUAUUUUAACCAAAUCACGUGUAAAAAGCCAAGUUUAAAGCUUAAUACUCAUGAGUCGACGAGUUUUUGCCGUGUUUACCGUCGGCAAAAAAUUCUGAGAAAAACGUACUUCUAAAGCAGCAAAACUGGUGAACUGGAUCCUGGCUACAUUAAAAUAUGUACAGUUUCCAGCGUAUAUGUUAAACCAGUGAAAAACAAGCGAGAUAUUCAAGCAAGAAAAACAUCAACAGAUCCAAGCCACAACACAAUGAUUAGUCUAUUCCAAGAAAACACAAUUGUAUAAACGCGGCAAAUAUUGAAAUAAAUUGAAAAUAAAUACACGUAACUGUCUGCUCCCUUUUUACCAAGAAAAAUAAAGCCUUAAUUUAUCAAAAUGUCAAUAAAAUUUGGAUUAUUUCGAACUUUUGAAGCCAAACUUGAAUUUCAUUGCCGCAUUUCGUAGCAAUUUAUCAGCUGAUUUUCUCGCAACGAAUCAGAAACGUUUUAAUAUUUCCAUUGCGUUAGGAGAAAUUCAAAAUUCAUCAUUCUUCUUUUUAGGAUUGUAUUUUACAGAUAAACCAUCUCCCUUUAGCAGUUCUUUUGAACGUAUUCAGGCAAAAAUUGUUGAAUCCUUAAGCUCUUUCAAAUUGAUAUUUAAACAAAGAAUGAGUUGAAACUUGCUUGUGUAUAAUCGUGCAGCUAAAAUCACAUGUAUUUUUUUUGUUAUAUUUUUGUAAAUAGUUAAUUAAUUGUAAAUAGGUAAUUUCACGCCCCUCAUGGAAACCAGCCUUCCAACGGUUGUUGAGGCUAGCGUGGUUUAAUUAAAGUUUUGUAUGUACAGUGUGUAUGUAUGUAUAGCUCUGUAACAUUUUCUUUUUCAGUAUUGAAGGAGUACGGUCAAGUUUGUUGAGCGCUCAUGAACGUGCACAUGUGAAUUCAGACGAAAGGCUCGAGUCUCUAAAAUGGCCGUGGGAAACUGCCAUUACUAGCAAUGGAGAAGUAAAUACCGAGGCAGAACAAUAUGGAGAUUUUGAAAAUGAUGUUGUUUACACUGAUAACCGAUUACAUAAAAGAUAUAGGUGA